GUCCAUAAUCUCAUCACUUGGGAGGUAGAAAACACGGGAUCAGGAGUUCAAAGUCAACCUCAGCAUGGACUUCAUGAGACCUUGUUUCCAAAAACAAAGCAAAUUUGUAUGAACCGUCUUGGUUGCUUGCUAGCACUGAAGAUGCAGAGACAGAAUUGCUGAGAGUUCAAGGUGUGAACUACAGAAGCCCUGUCUCAAAAAGUCUAAGUAAAUAACAGACACACUCAUUUGUUUGGUGGGUUGGGGAGACUUGGUCUCAGUGUGCAGCCAGGCUAGCCUGGAACUCUCUUAACCGCCUCAGCCUUUAGAAUUCGAACAAUAUGAGACCCAUAUUGCAAACCUGUGAAUUCGGCAGUGACUUUUGCACCCCUUCUUUAGUAGUUACAACUUUAAGACUCGGUUCUCUCAGUCACCUUACAGACGAUUAACUGGCGUUUCAGAUUUUUUUUUUUUUGGACAGGGUUUCUUUUUAUGGCCUUGGCUGUCCUAGAACUCAGAGAUUCACCUGCUUGUGCCUCCUGCGUGCUAGGAUUAAUGGCCUGCGCCACCUCCACCAAGCCUUAUUUAUAUUCGUUAACGAAAGUCACUUAGGCCAGGCAAGGUAGUGCACAUUUGUAAUCCUGGCACUCUAGGAGGUAGAGGGCGGCGAAUCUUUUUAAAUAAAAAAAUAAAGUCACUUAAAGUCCUGGAACUAGCACAGUUGGUAAACCGGAAAGCUUUUCCCACACCACCAGAGAGGCUGUUUGUCAAUGAUAAUGAUCAAGGGGUGGUGGAGGCUCCGCGGAGGGCGUCACCCUCACACGUCAAUUCCGCUGUCACCGAGCUCUCCGCAAGCUGCGACCCCUGAUGUCCCAGGCCCGACUUUGGGCUUGCGGGGAAGGACGAACGUCCCGCCGAGCUGGAGGCCCCAGAGCGAGGGCACCGGACGGCCUAAUAGGGUGCAAACACGAGCCCGGGGCCAGAAACAAAACACGGGCUUUGGGGCUCGGCCCCUCCCCCGGAAGUGACGCGAGGCGACGGCGUCGAGGAAGGGCCCCGGCAGUGCCGGGGGGGUUUGAGAGUGGCGGCGGCCGCGGAGUGACGGGGGAGCCGGGCCGUAGAGCGCGGGUCUGGCGAGUGGCAGCCCAACUAGCCACAUCGCCGCCCCAGCCGCGUGUGCGGGGGCGGAGGGCGGGGCUCGAGACCUGCGGCGGCUGGAGAUGCGGGCGGCUGCAGGCACGCGGCUGGCUCGGCUCGGCCGCCGCCGCCUUCUCGGGCCCCGGCGCGGGGGUCGCCGCGGUUGCCGCGCCGUCCUUGAGUUCCUCGCGUGAGAAGCGGUCGGAGUCGAGCACCGCGUUCGAGGCCGUGGAGGAUUUCCGCGCGCACGGCCUGCCCAUUGCUAUGGACAGUGCCAUCACUCUGUGGCAGUUCCUUCUUCAGCUCCUGCAGGAACCUCAGAAUGAGCACAUGAUCUGCUGGACAUCUAACAAUGGGGAGUUCAAGCUUCUGCAGGCUGAGGAGGUGGCUCGUCUCUGGGGAAUUCGCAAGAACAAGCCUAAUAUGAAUUACGAUAAGCUCAGCAGAGCCCUGAGAUACUACUAUGUAAAGAACAUCAUUAAAAAAGUGAAUGGUCAGAAGUUUGUGUACAAGUUUGUCUCUUAUCCAGAGAUUUUGAAAAUGGAUCCACUGACAGUAGGCAGGAUUGAGGGAGACUGUGAAACUCUAACCUCCAUUGAAGCCAGUAGUUCCAAAGAUGCUGAGAGCGGGGUAAAGGAACGGGCACCUCAACCUACAGCCAAGACAUCUAGUCGGAAUGACUACAUACACUCUGGUUUGUAUUCUUCAUUUACUCUCAACUCUUUGAACACCUCCAAUAAGAAGCUUUUCAAGUCAAUAAAGAUAGAAAAUCCAGCUGAAAAACUGGCAGAGAAAAAACCUCAGGAGCCAACACCAACUGUCAUCAAAUUUGUAACAACACCUGCUAAAAAACCACCCAUCGACCCUGUUGCCAUCACCUUCUCAGCAAGCCCAAGCAUUUCUCCGUCUUCUGAAGAAACUAUCCAAGCUUUGGAGACACUGGUUCCUCCCACACUACCUUCUCUGGAAGCUCCAGCCUCUGCAUCCAUUCUGGCUACCACCUUUAACCCCACUUCUCCUGUUCCCUCCGCACCCCCUCCUAGGACGCCUUCUCCGCCAUUGAGUUCUAACCCAGACAUUGACACAGACAUCGACUCAGUGGCUUCUCAGCCAAUGGAACUUCCAGAGAACUUGUCACUGGAGACUAAAAAUGAGGAUUCAGCUUUGCCAGAAAAGGACAAAACAAAUAACUCAUCAAGAUCCAAGAAGCCCAAAGGGUUAGAACUGACACCUGCCCUUGUGGUCACAGGCAGUGACCCCAGCCCUCUGGGGAUCUUAAGUCCAUCGCUCCCAACAGCGUCUCUUACACCAGCACUUUUCUCACAGACACCCAUCUUGCUGACUCCAAGCCCCUUGCUCUCCAGUAUCCACUUCUGGAGUACCCUCAGCCCAUUUGCUCCCCUGAGCCCAGCCAGGCUGCAAGGUGCUAAUACGCUUUUCCAGUUUCCUUCUGUGCUCAACAGUCAUGGACCAUUCACUCUGUCUAGCCUGGAUGGACCUUCUACUCCUGGCCCAUUUUCUCCAGACCUGCAGAAGACAUAACCCGUGCAGUUGGGAACUAAGAGACCAAGGAACUAAGAAACAGAGAUGUCCAGCAGGAUGGUUUGAAAUGAGGGAUAGUUCUGCAGUGCUCUUAUAGACUGUCGUAAUUUUCCCAUUGCCUGUUGAAAACCUUUUCGGGAUUCUCAAAAGUUGGACUGUAUAAAAAUGCCUUAAUUGGAGUUCAAACUCCGCCUCACUUCUUUUUUAAAAAGGUGUUUUGUUGUUGUUGCUGUUUUUUUGUUUGUUUAAGCUUUGUGCAAAAAACAUUAGUCUCUUGGGGUUCAGCAGCUGUGUUUCGCAAGAAAGCCGCAGAACAAAGUUACUGGUCCUGGAUGUUAGGACUCUUUGGCCAGGGGGAAAAGUAUGCUUAGAAUUUGUUAUUUAAAGAAAUAGUUGUUAGCUGUGUAUGAUGACCCGCUUUGUGAUCCCAGCACUUGGGAAGCUGAGGCAGGAGGAGAACACCAAGAGUUGAGGGCCAGCCUGGGCUAUAAAUAAAGUGAGACUGUCUCAAAAGGAUAAAAAUACUACUUAAACGAAGUUGAUGGUAUGUUUAGUAGUAAGUGUGCUCUGUUGAAUGACUAAAAGGAGCCACUCCCUAACAGUGGGAGAGAGAAUCAUUCCUGUUCUGAGGAGGAUUAGAGCAUUACCACAUGGGAGGCUCUCUGUGCUCUACCCUUGAUCUCGUCUGAACCUGUCAAUGGAUCCUGGCCCUGAGCUUUUUAAACAUAAGACUUUGAAAGCUCAGUUUUAAUGUGGGCUUUGGUAGGAAUUACAGGACCCUACCUGGGGCACAGCACUCUCGUCUGCUCUGAGUGGUGUGGUUCUGUGCAGCACGUCUUGGAAAAUGAUGACUUUUCGGAAGUAGAGUUGGGGUUUGAAAAUUGAAUAUUAGAAGCAAGCAAAAAAAGUUCAUUUGAAUACCCUGAGACACAGGUGGGGCAUUUUCCAGCUAGAAGACACCCAGAGUGACAGACUCCCUCUUCUUCUUCCUCCUAAUUUUACCCACUGUGCUCUGCACUUACAGGCUUUCUUCUAAACCUACGGUCAGAGGAUGAAGCAGCAUUCAUUCAGGUGCAGUCAGGAAGGUGGACUUGAAAGUGAAAUAUUCUGGUCAGGAAAUAAAGAUGUGCUUACUUGUUUCCAAAAACGUUUUAAAUGAAGGAAGAUCAGAUUGCAUUUGGGCAUUCUCAUACAUAGGAAUAUGGCUGUUAAAUUAGUAGUGAGAACUACUUUCAUUACUACGGACCUUCAUCUGCAGAUUGCCAUCUAUAAAAUGCUGUGUGUAAGUCAGAGUCAGGUGCACACAGGCACAUUGAUCUCUCAGUCUGAAUUGAGGGCAAUAUCACAGCAGAAUCUUGAAAAUUUCGACUCUACAGUCCAGAACUGAAUUAAAUUACAUGCCCUGCCCUCCACCCAUUAAACCCCAGACAUGACCAGAGUGGAAUGACGUAGGGACCUGCAGCCUCAGAAUGACACUGAUGCAGAGUGACAUCUUUCAGGUGCACAGCAUUGGCUGUCCAGUGCAGAGAUGCUUACGUGUGGAAGUGUGCUGGCUGGGUGAAGGGCAGGGCGGCAGUUGGAGACCUGUUACUGGUUCAUUGUGGUUAUCUAAGUGUCCUGUUCCCAUGAUGUGCAAUAGUAGUAGGGCUGAAAGGUGGUGCUCAGAGUGCAGGGAGCAGGCACUGCAGUGGGCUUCCCUCCCAUGGCGGAAUAUUUAGUUUGCAUGCAUAUUUGGAAUUACCCGCAGCAGCACUUUGUAGUAACUUAGUGGGUUUUCAUUAUGUAUACUAAGUAAAUACUGAGAGUUGACCUAACUAGAUGUUUGCAGUUCUGAAAACAUCCAGUUUUAUCUUCUUGAGGUAAAGGAGAAAAGCCAUUGGUUUGUUUUGACAGAUGAUAUAUUUGAUAAUUUACUGUUUUAGCACAGGGUGCCAAGGGCCCAAGGGCACCAUUUAAACUCUGGCUGGGUGUAGUAGCGAGGUCUGUGAUCCCAGCACUUGGGAAGUGGAAGCUGGAGGAUCAAGAAUCAGGGAUAGCCUCAGCUACAUAAUGAGUUUGACACUAGCUUGGACUACAUGAGACCUUGUCUUAAAAAAAAAAAAGAAGCAAAAAACUCAGAGCAAGUUAAUAAGAAACCAUGAGGCCUUGGGGGGUAGAUGGACAUGCUCUCUUCUUGAAAUGAGUGAAUUCCAGGAAGCGUGUGCUUGAUCUCUGUGUGUGUGAGUUUCCGCCUUGCUGUGUGUGUGAGGCAGACAUUUCUUUCUACCUCCUUCCUGAAAAAGUUUGAGCUUUGUAUAGUGGAAUAGCCAUAGAAUUCUUAGUGUCAACAGAUAAGUAUUCAGGGAGAAUUCUGGACCUUCGGCUCACAUCUGGUGUCCACCCAGCCACCUUGCCAGGCGAAUGGUGGUCUCUAGGUCCUGGGACUGCCUGGGUUUGAAGGAUCUGAUGGUUUCCUUGUUUUCUGUGGCUCAGUGCGGUGGUGUCACACACCCCUAUGUAUACGUCUCUGGGUGCGUUUUCACUUGGCCUUUACUUUUGCUCUUACUCAUACUGGUUUUUCUUAAAAUACAAAAUGAAAAUGUCAGGUCUAACUUAAAUAAUCUUUUAAUGAUUUCUUAGAGUAUUAUUGUGAUGUUACAGUCUCUGUGCCAUAGUCUGUGUAUUUGAAUAAGGGUAGAAAUUUCCACUGAUUAAAAAAGUAUAUAAUAUAUAACUGAAUCUAGAAGCCCUCAAAAGGCCAACCUUAAGCUUCAUCAAGUUAAAAUAUAAGUUUAUUUUUCCUUACAUUUUAACAGUUAAAAUAAAAUUUUUUUCACUGUGUUUAUUGUUUUGUUUUGUUUUGUUUUUGAGAUAGGAUCGUUCUUUAUCACCCUGGCUGACUUUGAACCAAAUCUUAAAUGCACAAGUGUCCACCACCAGGCCUGUUUUUUCAAAUUUUGGUGGAGAAAGUAAGGCCAUGAACUUGCAUAGAGUACUGAAUUUUUCUUCUUAACCUGGAAAAUUCCUUUCAGAUGUAUACUAUACUAGAGAUCAAAAGGGGCAGAGUAGCUGGCCCGAUACUGGAGGCUUGGUGUUCAUGGCUUAAUGCCAGCUGUUGAUAUUGCCAGUGUUAUUUCGUUCACCUUGGCCUUGUGCUGCCUGAGGUCAGGUACUCUUACUGAGGCCUCUGGUUUUAGCAUCUGAAAGGCAGCUUUGUGUGUGAAGUCUUCAGCCCCGUGCAGGCCCUCAGUGGAGGUACAGAGCAGUCUGCAGUCUUCUGGACACACACCUUGAUUAGGAAAAGGUUUUCUUUUUGGUUUAUUUUCUUUUUUGAUUUUUGGGACUGGGUCUAAGUCUUUAGUCUAGGCUGACCUCAAACUCUCAGCAAUUCUCCUGCCUUGGCAUCCCAAGUACUGAGAUUAUGAAAGUGAGCUACUGUUUGGCAUAGUAGAAGUUUGUCAACAUAGAAAUUUCUCUCAAAAAAUAUACAUACAUAUCUCACUCUACUAAAGUCACAGUCCCACUCUACUGUACAUACAAAGUGGAGGUUUAGCAUACGAAGGAAAUUCUACAAAGCAUCCUGGCCUCUGAGCCCUUCCUGUACCCAGCAGAUGCCUCUACACCUAGAAUCAAACCAUUUCCUAAAUCAUCACUCAACAUGAAGGUGCUCAUUUGGUUCUCAAUACAGAUUUUUUUUCUUUUAAUGUGGAGAAAUUCCAGCUUGAGAUUUUCUGGAGCUUUGUCAUAGCUUUUCAAAUUUCCCAGUAAUUCUUUCUCAUGGGGAUUCAUUCCCAAAUGCCUUCUGGAUUCCGUGCAUGUCCUGACAGCUCUUCCUUUUCAUCUCUGUGUUACGCAUGACUGACAUUUUUAUUUGUAUAGUCUUCUUACAGACGUCUUUGGCCUUGUGUUGUAUUUUACCAGCAGCCUCACGAUUACGUUAGGACAUUUAUGCUAAAGUGUAUGCCAGCUUCAGCUCUUGCUGGACUAGAAAGUGCUGUUUUUGUUGUGUCUUUAUUUGGGACAUUAAGCAUCUGAAGGAAUAGUUUACUCGAUGGCUUGCUCUGUUUAUCACUUAUUUACUACACACGUGUCAUCAGCCUGUGCCGAGAACUGGGAGUCAUGCCAUGGUGCCAUUCUUUGGCUUGGGAAGGUAUGGAGACAAGUGCAGGCCUGAGCAGAAACCCGAGGCUCGGCGUGGAUUCCGAACCAACAGGAUUGAGAGUGUUGAUGCUGUAGUCUGUUGUCGGGUGGGGGCGGGGUCUUCCACACACAGCGCUGGGAAGGGUCUCCGGCAGACUCUUCCAGACACUGGCUUCUGUGGGAAGCGCUUUUUCUUCCUUUUCUUUCUAGGGCUGCUGUUGUCAGUGGUGGUGCUGCCCCGUCUUCUCUUACAUUGUCGGAACUACUUACUGCAGGUGUGGGCUCCGUCUCUGAGCGGGCUCUUAGGGGUGAUGGUGUGUCUUGUGCUCCGUGGAACUGGUCACUAUCAGGGUCAUGUCUUCACCUAUAAACAGCAGAUGGGAAAGGUCAGUUGUCAUCAGACUGCAAGUCCAGCAAGUACUCCAUCUCGAGCUGGCAGGCCUUCAAGCUGCCUUGCCGUUGCUGAAACAGGAAGUGCCAAAAGGAAGCCCUUUCUCAGGUGCUGCUGUUUGUAGUUAGCCCUUGUGAAGGGUGGAAAUGCAGGUGCUCGUGGGAGAGGAGUUACUCUGCCUGUUAGUUGCUGUGGUGCUGGGGACAGAACCCGGCCCUCACACAGGCUAAAGAAGUGACCCUACUGGGCUGCGUCUUAGCAACACCUCCCCCUUAACUAACUGGCAGCAUCACCAGGAAAUCACAGCAGUCUCCUGAAGGUCAAGUGUACAGCACACCUGUACUUAGGGAAGUUUCAGGAAGUUAACUUGACCUUGAAGUAAGUACCUGGGAACCAAGCUUUUCUAGGUCACGCCCAGGUACUUUAUACUACCGUGUUGAUCGGGCUAUGUGAAUCUUUUUCCAGGAGAGGCAUAUUUAUCCCCUAGGAUGGAAACCCCUUACUGCUGUCCUACAGGUGUCACUUCUAAAGACAGUGCCUUGUUCUGUUCAGUUUUUAGUGCACAGAAUCAUAGGCCUUACAGACCAGUUGCCGCUGUGUUGAGACCCCGAUCUUAGACUACUCUCAACAGUCAUCUUACCCUGCACGCUUCUCUUCAUCAGUAAGUGUAAGGACAUCUUUCCUAAAGCUCUCUGCACGUCUGUUUGCUCCUAGGUCGUCUGGGAAGUUUCUCAUGAGGAGUCCAGGGUGUAAGUGGAGGGAGGACUCCUGGCUUGUUGGCAUAAAGAACCCUUUAAACCCUAUAUUAGCAUUAGCAGAAACCUCCCAGGGGGUCAGGCUGAAUAGCCUCAGCUUUGCUUUGUUCCCAUCUUAGUAAGGUCCACCGAUUCCCAUCCCUUUAGGGAUGUGAGCUGUGUUCACAGAGUCUGGAAUCUUCUUGAUAAGGUGAGAGGGAGAUGGUGUGCCUGGCGGCUGGCCCACGAGUCCUGCCAAUAGAGUCAUUCACUCUGCCAGUUUUCAGGAGUGGGAAUUUGUGGACUGCUAUUAAAUCACUUGGCACUUUCUUGGGAUUUAUAUUAGCACUGUUUGCUUAUUUGUUGUUUUUUGUUGGUUGGCUUUUGAGACAGUGUCUCACUGUGUAGCUCUGAGAAACUUGCUAUGUGAACCAGGCUGGCCUUGAACUCACAUAGAUCCUCAUUCCUCUGCCUCUAAGUGCUGGGAUUAAAGGCAUGCACCAUCAUGCCAGCUGUUUUUGUUUUUAAUAACUGGAAGCAGUUAAUGGUUAUUUUGCUUGAUUUCAGCUUCAGGACAUUGAGGGUCAGGGAAAUAUGGUUCAUUUCUCAUUUCUAGUUUUGGGAACCUAGCUGUGUCUGGAGAAGGAGAAAUGGAUUACCUGAUGGGCCUUCUUCCAGGCUCCAUAAGGCAGCCCUUCCAGCUAGGAUGUAAAUGACUCACAGACUUUUAAUAUUUUUUUUGUAGAAAUUUAAUGAUUCUGAAAGAUUUGCAUUGGUAGAUUGCACUUAAAUUCAAAAAGUAUACAGCUGCAAGGGAUUCUAGUUGUUGCUUUCCUUCCUUGUUUAUUCCUGUUACGUAGGGAACACAGUCCCUUCUGAGACAUUUCGUUGUUUGCUUGAGGACAGUAUUACCAGCGGGCUCCGUGUGACAGCAGUUGCUGCUGCCGUUGCUGGCAUGUGUGAUGGAACAGCGUGUUCAGCCCUCCCCGUUGGGCAUUACGGGGAUCAGCUAAAAAGCACACCUAGGCAGGUCUUUGAGUUCCUGGAGGCCUGCUUACCAGUGUGGCCGAGGUUCUUCCUUUGCUUCUGGUGGUUUCAUGUAUCUUUGUGGGCAGUGCUUGGGAGGUGCAGGAAGAGGAUUCUAGAGGUCAGGGUUAUCCUUGGCUACAGAGUGCGUGGGCAGCCUGAGUCAUGUGACAGCCUGCCUAAAAAUACAUUUAAAAAGAUGAGGCGGGGGUUCAGUGGUUCACUGGGUGCUCUUCUAGAGGAGCAGAGUGCAAUUCUCAGCACUCUUGGCAGGUGGCUCAAAACUGCUGUACUCCCGUGCUAGAGGAUCUGACACCCUCUUACAGCCUCCGUGGGCAUCUGCACACAUAUUGAACACACGCCACCUUUUUUUUUUUUUUUUUUUUGUUUAAGAAGCCUUGGUUCAUUUUGAUACUGAUUAGUUUGGGUCUAAACAUAAAAUUUUGGGUUAAAAUUAGUUUAUUAGAAUUAAGUCCUUUAUUCACCAAAUAAUUAAAUUGACUUUUUUAAAAAGUAGAUUUUGUUUUUAUGUGCUGGGUCUUGUCUUGCUUGUCUGGUUACAACAGUCUCUUCAGUCAACAUCCUGCGUAGCUGGGACUGCAGGUACAUGCUACCACAUCUGUGUUAAGUCUGCAUUAAGAACAACCUAAUGAUUUCCCGUGAGUCCUACUAGAACUUCUCUGUAAAGAGGACCUCCUAAGCUGGGACUUCAACUCAGUUGGUAGAGUGCCUGCCUGACACACUAGCCCAAAGUUUGAUCCCCGUUAUGUCAUAAACUGGGAGCGGAGGCAAAGCCUGCAAUCCUAGCACUAGGAAUGUAGAGUCCAAGAUCAAGUGGCGAGUUCGGGGCCAACCUGGGGUACAAGAUCCUUAUGACUAAUGGGAAAUAACCACGGGUUAUUUUAAAUGACGUGUGCCAGGUGGUUGAGUCCCAGUGAACCUGGCAGUUGCUGCAGUAUAAGGAGUGAACGUGAGUUAAAAGGUAAAUAACAAACUCUUACUUUCCAUUCGGUUCAUCUGUAAUUUAGUAAAAAGCAUGUGUUCUGCCAUAGAGUGAUUGCAAUGUAUACCCACCAGUGUUUGCAUAGGAUGGUGGGUGGGGACAGGUUCCUGUGUGUGUGUGAGUUUGGGGUGCGUGGUAAAGGACUUGGCAGGGCACUCAGCUCCUUAGAGGAACUGUUGCCUGUGUGUCCACCCCUCCUUGCUUAUUUUAUUGAAACCUAUAUCUCAUAUUACUCAAUGUCACCACUUGGUAUAAGUAGAUCUUAGAUGGGUGUAAGCAACACCUGCCCAAAAGAAGAGCUGUCAGGGUGAUACUAGUAACAUGUCUUAACUUAGUUUAGUUUAUAGUAAAGAGAUCUGCAGAGUAUUAAAUCACUUUUUGUUCUUUUCAGGAAAAGCAGUUGAAAUGGUAACUGCUAACAAUCCUUAAAAUUAACACUGGUGGUUCUUAGACCCGGACAGACUGCGUCAUCUCACCCAGCUACAGAGUAGUAACACAUAACUGCAGAGAUAAGGGGUGUUGUUUUCAGGCUGGUGAAGCCGGUGUGGAGUCUUAAAUUCUGCCUUGGGGUGACAGAAAUGUCAUGGAGUUGAGGGAGGGGGGUGAAGGACGCAUGCGCACUUUGAGGGCUUUCUAACGCACUGCUGUUCAAAAACAAGAUGGCGGUCCACUGGGUGCCGUCUGCAGGCAUUGCUAGGGACCUUACUUCUGUUGCUUCUAAGCUUUAUGCGAAAGCUUUGUUAACUUCUAUAAAGAUCAUGUGUAUUUUGAGAAAAAUGAUACAUUUUUUAAAAACUUUGAUGUAAGAACUGACAGAGGGAUUUACUUGUUCGUGGGAAGCUGGCUUUGAGGAAGCACUCUGGCGUGUUUACUGUUAAGUCCAGAGCUGUAGAGAUCUGUUUAUAGAUAUAUGUGCAACUAGAUAUGGACAACGUAUUUUUUUAAAAUAAAUAUUUUUAACAAAA